AUGAUGAGCGCUUUUCAAGGGUUUUCUCUGAUCAGCUACUUGUGCCUCUUCUUCUUCUUCGUCGUCAUCGUCGAGAUUCAGGGAAAAGAAUACCUGUGCCGUCAGGGUGUCGAUUACGGCCUUGUGGAUACGUGGACUCGCGAACAGGGACCGAAGAACUCACCCUUUGACGGCAAGCAGAUCCACCUCAUCUCCAACACGCACAAGGAGGUGUUCGCCGAGUACGAGAAGUACAUCGCUAAAGAGGUGGACAUCACGAACCCGGCGGCCCGGAAGAAGAUUGACAAAAAAAUGCCCGAUUGGCUGCCGUACGCGCUGGGCGGGGCAGCCGCACUGUUGCUGCUCGCCGCCGCCGUGACGACGGCCGUCGUGCUGAACGCGAAGAAGAACAAGAAGAAGGGCAAGAAGGAGGACGAGGCGACGUCCACCGAAGAUGCGGCUCCCGAAAAGUCCCAAGUCAGCGAAGCCACCGAAACCACCAACGAAGUG